GAUAUAUUCUCGGGAUUUCAGAAUCUCUCUCCCUCUAUCGUCUCCAUCCUUCCUGAAAACUGAUAACUCUCCCAUUUGCAGGAAUCUCUUCCAAGCUUCCAUAUCUCAUCUUCUUACAGUCUAAGAUCUUAGACGGCCCAUCAAUCGACGGAGCUCAUUUUAAGCAGACAUGUUUGAUUUCUACACAGUAUCAAAAUUCCAAUCUCUUCGACUUUGGCAAAUAUGGCCGCUGUUAAGCUCGCCCUGUAUCUGGGAAGAACUAGUCAUUUUUCUCCAGCUCGCAUUCCUCGGCAGCUCAUUCAUCCAAUUCCUACAGAAAAGAAUUCAUGUACCAUGCAAACAGAGAUCAGCAUUCAAGGAAAAUGGAGCACAGAAUCACGUGGCAGAGAAGCUUCCACUGUUCAGCUUGAAUGUUAGUUUCUCAUACAGAGCCAGCAUUGUCUGCUCUUCAUUGCCAUUGGCAGCUCACCUGCUGAUACUACUGCUGCUGCUAUUGGAAGGCAAUGGACAGCGCCAUUGCGGAUCUUCCAGAUUGGUUCUUUCAGCAGAAAUAGUGCAAGCGGUGUCAUGGUUGGUUACAUUGGUUGUGGUUUUGAAUUUUUGGAAAACAAGGUCUGUUAAGCUUCCUUGGAUUAUUCGAGUGUGGUGGGUCUGCAGCUUCUUCCAGUUGGCGAUCCACACAGCUAUUGAUUUCCAUGCAAUCCUCACACACCAUGGAUUCCCAGGCAUAACCGAAUAUGCGAAUUUUCUCAGUAUGCUUGCGUGCGCCUACCUGUCGGGUAUUUCUAUCAGAGGAACAACAGGCAUCAGCUUCUCUUCAAGCAGCAUCACAGACCCGCUUCUGUAUGCUUCUGUAGAAAAGCGAGCAGAAGGCAAAGUGCCAUCUGCAUAUGGAAGAGCGACUCUCCUACAACUUGUCACCUUCUCUUGGCUCAAUCCACUGUUCGUCGUUGGAAUCAAGAAGCCUAUCGAACAGAAUGAGAUACCAGAUGUUGAUAUCAAAGACUCUGCCGAAUUCCUCUCCCACGCAUUUGAUGAUGAUCUGAAGAGGACCAAAGAAGGAGAUGGCCCACAGACCCCAUCUAUCUACAAAACCAUCUACCUGUUUAUUCGAAGGAAGGCGGCAAUCAACGCAGCUUUUGCAGUGGUCCAUGCAAGCGCCUCCUACGUCGGUCCUUACCUGAUUGACGACUUUGUGAAGUUCCUAAGCGAGAAGAAGCAGAACAGCUUACAAGGCGGUUACGUUCUGGCCCUUGCAUUCCUAAGUGCCAAGAUGGUCGAGACGGUUGCACAGAGGCAAUGGGUUUUCGGUGCCCGGCAGUUGGGUCUGCGCCUAAGAGCAGCUCUUAUAUCCCACAUAUACAAGAAGGGCAUACAUCUAUCUAGCCAAUCGCGGCAAAGCCAUACGAGCGGAGAGAUCAUCAACUACAUGAGCGUCGACAUCCAACGGGUCACUGACUUCAUCUGGUACUUGAACAUAAUCUGGAUGCUGCCGAUACAGAUUUCACUCGCAAUCUAUAUUCUCAACAUGAAUUUAGGCAUCGGGUCUCUGGCGGGAUUGGCAGCAACAGUGUUGGUCAUGACCUGCAAUGUGCCGAUUACCAAGAUACAGAGAAGACUGCAGUCGAAGAUCAUGGAAGCAAAAGAUGAGCGCAUGAAAGCCACAUCGGAGGUUCUCAGGAACAUGAAGACUCUGAAACUUCAAGCCUGGGACACCCGAUACCUCAGCAAGCUCGGAAGCUUGAGGAAGAUUGAGUCUGACUGGCUGUGGAAAUCGCUGCGGCUGUCGGCAAUCUCAGCGUUCAUUUUCUGGGGGUCACCCACGUUCAUUUCAGUGGUGACAUUCGGUGCUUGUAUGCUGAUGGGCAUCCCACUUACAGCUGGGAGAGUGUUAUCUGCACUGGCAACAUUCAGAAUGCUACAAGAUCCGAUCUUCAAUCUCCCAGACUUACUGUCCGUGCUCGCACAGGCAAAAGUUUCAGUCGAUCGAGUCGCGGCGUAUCUCCAAGAAGAUGAAAUCCAAUCAGAUGCAGUUGAGUUUGUGCCAAGGAACGAAACGGAGUUUGAAGUUGAGAUCAAUAGUGGAGAAUUCAGCUGGGACCCAGAUUCUAGAAACCCCACGCUUAGCGGAUUGCAGUUGAAGAUCAGGAGGGGAAUGAAAGUGGCAGUAUGUGGAACCGUUGGUUCGGGAAAAUCCAGUCUGAUCGCAUGCAUACUCGGAGAAAUACCGAAACUUUCAGGAACCGUGAAGAUCAGUGGCACCAAAGCUUAUGUUCCUCAGUCCCCGUGGAUACUGACAGGCAAUGUUCGAGAAAAUAUCACCUUUGGAAACCUGUUCGACAGAGACAAGUACAAUGAAACGAUCCAGGCAUGUGCCUUGACUAAGGAUUUCGAGCUCUUCUCCAGCGGGGACCUGACGGAGAUCGGAGAAAGAGGCAUUAACAUGAGUGGUGGCCAAAAACAGAGGAUACAAAUUGCACGGGCCGUUUACCAAGAUGCUGAUAUAUACCUUCUCGACGACCCUUUCAGUGCUGUGGAUGCUCAUACAGGCAGACAACUAUUUGAGGACUGCCUGAUGGGGAUUCUAAAGGACAAGACUAUUCUGUAUGUUACCCACCAAGUCGAGUUUCUUCCAGCAGCAGACCUCAUUCUGGUAAUGGAAAAUGGAAGGAUCGCACAGGCGGGUAAGUUCGAAGAGCUUCUACGACAGAAUAUAGGAUUCGAGGUGUUAGUUGGUGCACACAGCCAAGCUCUAGAGUCGAUUGUGACAGCUGAAAAUUCAAGCAGAACAUUCGACGAAUCCAAAAGAAAGACAACAGAAUCCUCUAAUGGAAAUGAAUCUGAUGCGGAAGCUACUUUGGAAACUGAAGUUGAGAAUUGCACCAGGCACGAGUCUGAUCUAGAGAUCACAGAUAAAUCAGGUAGAAUAAUGCAGGACGAAGAAAGAGAGAAAGGGAGCAUAGGCAAGGACGUUUACUGGGCUUACUUGACUGCAGUGCGGGGUGGCGCUUUGGCACCAAUCAUAAUCAUAGCGCAGUCACUCUUCCAGAUAUUACAGAUAGCAAGCAACUACUGGAUGGCUUGGGCUACUCCUCCUACAACAGGGACGGCGCCAACGGUGUCGAUGAGCAUUGUUUUUCUUGUAUAUAUACUUCUCGCAGUUGGAAGUUCACUGUGCGUGCUGGUCCGAGCAACGCUAAUAGCAAUAACCGGCCUUCGUACUUCACAGAAGUUCUUCACCAACAUGCUUCAUAGUAUCUUCCGUGCACCGAUGUCUUUCUUUGAUUCUACACCGACUGGAAGGAUCUUAAACAGGGCAUCUACAGACCAAAGUGUACUAGAUUUGGAAAUGGCGAACAAGUUGGGUUGGUGUGCUUUCUCGAUAAUACAGCUUCUGGGGACUGUUGCAGUCAUGUCACAGGUAGCAUGGCAAGUUUUUGCCAUAUUCUUUCCCGUGACGGCGAUCUGCAUAUGGUACCAACGAUACUACAUACCAACCGCCAGAGAGCUGGCCCGCUUAUCGGGAAUUCAAAGGGCUCCAAUCCUUCACCAUUUCGCGGAAUCACUUUCCGGAGCUGCAACAAUCAGGGCGUUUGGCCACGAAGAACGUUUCAUCUAUGCAAACCUUGGCCGUAUAGACAACCACUCGAGGCCAUGGUUCCACAAUGUUUCGGCAAUGGAAUGGCUUUCCUUUAGACUAAACCUGUUAUCAAAUUUCGUUUUUGCAUUUUCGUUGGUUUUGCUCGUGAGCCUCCCUGAUGGAAUCAUUAACCCAAGCAUCGCGGGGUUAGCGGUGACGUACGGACUGAAUCUGAACGUGCAGCAAGCCUCUGUCAUCUGGAAUAUAUGCAACGCGGAGAAUAAAAUGAUUUCUGUUGAAAGGAUCCUACAAUAUACAAGAAUUAAAAGCGAAGCUCCUUUAGUGAUUGAUGAAUGUAGACCACCAAACAACUGGCCUACAAUUGGAUCAAUAUGCUUCAGAAACUUGCAGAUCAAGUAUGCUAAACAAUUGCCGUCCGUCUUGAAAAAUAUUACAUGCACAUUUCCGGGAAAGAAGAAGGUGGGAGUUGUAGGACGGACCGGAAGCGGGAAAUCUACUCUCAUACAGGCUUUAUUCCGCAUCGUGGAACCUACAGAAGGAAGCAUCAUGAUUGAUGAUGUGGACAUCUGCAAGAUAGGCCUUCAUGAUCUGAGAUCAAGACUCAGCAUCAUACCACAAGACCCGACAAUGUUUGAUGGAACUGUGAGAGGAAACCUCGACCCGUUAGGGGAAUACUCCGACAUUGAAGUAUGGGAGGCACUGGAUAAAUGUCAGCUCAGCGAUUUGGUGCGCAAAAAGGAAAAGAAGCUGGAUUCAUCGGUGGUUGAAAACGGAGAGAAUUGGAGUGUUGGCCAGAGGCAGCUGUUCUGUCUUGGAAGAGCCUUGCUGAAGAGAAGCAGCAUUCUCAUCCUUGAUGAAGCAACUGCAUCAGUAGACACGGCAACCGACGGUGUUAUACAGCAGAUCAUUCGUCAGGAGUUCAAGGAUCGGACGGUGGUAACCAUAGCACACAGAAUCCACACGGUUAUAGAUAGUGAUCUUGUUCUUGUUCUCAGUGAAGGGCGGAUUCUGGAAUACGACAUGCCGGUGAAACUACUUGAACAAGAGGAUUCAUCCUUCUCAAAGCUUAUAAGGGAGUACGCCUUAAGAUCGCAGAACUUCAAUAGCUUAGCGACUUCACAAAACACAACUAGCAUACCUUAAAGCCUAUAUAAGAAUUUCAGGACACCACGUAGAAGGCAUUGGAUAGCAUCUGGUCCAGCAGUGGGGAACACCAUUUGGUAUGAUCCUUCAAUUCAAUUUUGAUGCCAGCUUCCAUGAUCUCCCGGGUUGACUACAUGAGAUGGGUGUCGGCUUUGGGUGGAGAAGAUCAUAUCUCACUGUAUCUCUUAGUAGAGCAUUUAGUAUCAUUGAAAAUGUAGCCUUUUUUUUCUAUGAGACCAGAAAAACGACGAAAUUGGAAAUCAUGCAUGACUAUGAAACUCGUUUCUUUCAGUGCAUUGGCUCUAGCCAUUCAAAACUAAUAAAAUGUGGGAAUUCAAUUCA